AUGGAAAAAAUUCAUGUUACAGGUAGGAAAAGUCAAGAUAUUGAAAAGGCUAUUCAAAGACUCAAGACAUUGGAACAAAUCUAUCUUCGGCCUGACUUCAGACCAAAAAGAGUUCCACUUGUACAUUAUCCGCAACAAGAUGUCCAUUUCAAAUUAUAUUUUAUUCCGUUGAAAACUCAUGGAUAUUUUAAAAUGAUGGUUAAAUCCCACAUAGAUCAAAACGUAUAUUUGCUUAUACCUGCUAUCCUGGACCCUGAAACUGGCAAAUAUAAAAUAACCCGUUCACAAGAAAUUGACUCUAUAAAUGUAAAUAAUGGAAUCAAAAAAAACACAGAACAAAUAAAUAAACCAGCUGUUCUAUUAAAUAAUGAUAAUACAAAUCAAUCAUCGCCAUAUUUUUUUCCAACAUCUACAAUAUCAACUCCAACAAUGACAACAUUACCAGUAUCAAUGUCAGCAUCUCUUAAAGGAAAAAAUAAAGUUAUAAAUAGUAAUGAUCAUCAAUCACCACCAUUGUCAUUAAAUAAUGAAAUUUAUAAUUGGCCACAAAUUCCAUUACCACCAGAAUCUCAUUGGGAUGAUGGAUUUGAACAAAGUUCUCGGUCACAAUUUCCUGAUUUACCAAACACAUCAUCAAAAAGUCAAUUUAUCGACACCACUACUAGAAGAGGUAUGAAUAAUGUCAAUAAUAAUAAUAAACCAUCUAUAUCUGAAUUGAGAAAGCAACGAUCUCAAUAUACUGAAGCAAAUACCACAAGUCAACCUUCCACUUCCUCCUCCUCUGUCUCUUCCUAUGCUCAAACCAGUUCUGUUGGAACAAUUCCAUGGAAUACUAAAACUCAAAACACCAACUUUCAAAUUUCAAAAGAAUCUAGAAGACGUACUGACACUUUUGAUGAAAAACCAUAUAAAGAAGAUAUGGAUUUUAAGACUAAAAAAAUUGUUUUGCAAAAAAGUCCUGAACAAACUUAUUCUUCAAAUCCAUCAAAUAUCACACCUGGAAAAAUGUACCAUCCUUUAUAUAUACUUAUCUAUGUAUAUUUGUGUAUUAAGCAUGGAAAACGUUUUUUGGAUUUAUAA